AUGAUCUUCAACCAAGGACCCAAGGAUCUACGACCAAGGACCCAAGGAUCUACGACCAAGGACCCAAGGAUCUACGACCAAGGAACUUUCUUGAGCAAAUGGCAAAGGAAUUGCAGAAUGGACUACAAAGGAGCAGCGAAAAUGGCGGACCUGCAACCAAGGAUCAAGGAUUUACGACCAAGUAACUUUUUUGAGCAAAUGGCAAAGGAACAGCAGAGCAGUCUACAAGGCAGCAGUGGAGCACUUCACAAGGCAGUAGCGGAACAGUCUACACAGCACCAGCAGAGCAGUCUACACGGCACCAGCGGAGCAGUCUACACGGCACCAGCGGAGCAGUCUACACGGCACCAGCGGACCAGACUACAAGGCACAGCGGCGGACCAGUCUACACGGCACCAGCGGACCAGACUACAAGGCACCAGCGGCGGACCAGACUACACGGCACCAGCGGCGGACCAGACUACAAGGCGCAGCGGCGGACCAGAAUACAAGGCACCAGCGGCGGACCAGUCUACACGGCACCAGCGGAGCAGACUACAAGGCACCAGCGGCGGACCAGUCUACACGGCACCAGCGGACCAGACUACAAGGCACCAGCGGCGGACCAGUCUACACGGCACCAGCGGCGGACCAGUUUACACGGCACCAGCGGCGGACCAGACUACAAGGCACAGCGGCGGACCAGUCUACACGGCACCAGCGGCGGACCAGUCUACACGGCACCAGCAGACCAGGCUACAGGGAAGCUGCGUAGCGGACUACAGGGAAGCUGCGUAG